GUCACUGGCCUGCGGUUGGUGUUGUGAGGGAUCAGUCUCUCGCUGAGUGACGACCGGAGGGGAAGGCGAGAGAAAGAUGCCAAGUGUUUCGCCGGAAAUGGGCAAGGACUGAGACUGGGCUGACUUGGGAGGUGAGGGGCGGGCCGGUGGCAGCUGCCACUGGUACCGGAAGUGCCACGACGGCAUUCCGGAGGGCGGUUGCCUGACUGGCCCGCGGCGGCCAUGGCUGUGGACUUCGGGGAUCACGCCAGUGGUUUCCGCCACAACGAGGUGAUCCGUUUUAUCAACGAUGAAGUCCUCAUGAAUGGCGGCGGGCCGGAAUUCUACGUGGCCUUCCGCUCCCGAUCCUGGAAUGAGGUGGAGGACCGGCUUCAGGCAGUCGUGGUCGACCCGCAGGUACCGCGUGCCCUCAAGAGGGCCUGUGCCUGGAGUGCGCUGGCUUUGGGUGUGAGAGCUGCCGCGAGGCAGAGGGAGCAGCAGGCUAUUAGCCUCCAUCAGCUGCUGGAGCAGGUAGAGGAGCGCGAAGCGGCAUCUUUGGCUCUAGCCUCCGAGCUACAGCGGCUGCGUGAGGAGCGCGAGGGUGUAACUGCACAGCUACGGUACACACAGGCUGCCCUGCAGCAGGCGACAGAUGAGCGGGACCUUAUGCGCUGGAGGCUGCUGCAGGCUGAAAAGUCUUCACAGGCUUGCCAGCUGCCCCAGGAGGUUGUCCAAGGUCCAAGAGUUGACCAGCUUGCUGCUAUAGCAUGGCCCCUGGGUGAAGAGCAAAGAGAGGUGGCCUUGGGGGCACAAGGCGUGCCACAUUUGGAGGCCCAAAUGCCAGUCCCAGGAACUUUACUCUACAUGCCAACACCAGGUCCCUGGGUUCCGGCGAUGCAACCCCCUCUGCCAGUAUCAGUGACAUAUCCGUACCCAUGCCAUGCACCAUUGCCAGUGGGAUUCCCAUACGCAACACCUGUAGCACCACCUGCAGUACUAAUGGAGUCAGAAGCGGUAGGAUCAUCAGCAACAGGGACAUCAACUGCACUGGCAGAAAGUGCUUCCCAGUUCCAUCCUGAAAUGAUCCCAGCUGGUGUGUGGGCUACAGUGGGAUCCCAAGAGGCAAUGGCCCAUUUGUGUGACCCGAAUUGCAAUGGCUGGUUUAAAUAUCCUGAAAACCUCCAGGAGGGAAGUUAUCUGGCGGACACUAGAAGCAACUGCCAAGGGGAAGAACCCGGGUGUCCCCAUGGUACAGCUCCCUUGGGACACAACAGCAUCCCGGAAAAAAAGGAAGUUAUAAUGAUGUCCCAGGGGUUGGUCCCUUUGGGACAAAGUGGCAGCCAUGACCCAAAGAAAGAACCAGGGAUGCCCCAGGGAGUGACUCCCAUAGGACAGAGUAGCAACCCAGACCAGAAAAACGAUCCAGUAAUUCCCCAGGAGGUGGAGCCCCUGGGACAGAAUAGCAGCCUUGACCAGAAAAAAGAUCCGAUGAUGCCUCAGAGGGUGGCCACCUUGGUACAGAGUAGCCGUGAUCAGAAGAAAGAUUUAGUGAUGCCUCAGGAGACAGCCCCAGAAGGACUGAGCAGCAACAACAACCAAAAGAAAGAUCCAGUGAUGUCCCAGGGAAUGGUCCCCCUGGGACAGAGCAGCAGCCCUGGCCAGGUGAAUGAUCCAGUAAAUCCAGUAAUGCCAAAUAAGAUGGCCCCCCUGGAGCCCAGCAGCCAUCUUGCCCAGAAGAGAGAUCCAGUGACACCCCAGGGGAUGUCCACUGUGGCACAGAGCAGUAGCCACACCCAGAAGAAAGUUCCAGUGGUGCCCAAUGAAAGCACCCCCCUGGGGCAUAGAAGGAACCAUGAUGAAAAGAAAAAUCCAGCAGUGCUCCAAGAGACAGCCCCACUGAGACAGAACAGCAGUCAGGGCCCAAAGAAAGAUCCACUGAUGCCCCAGGCAAAGGCCCCCCUGGGAGAGAGCAGCAGCUAUUGCCAAAAGAAAGAUACAUUGAAGCCCAAUAGCAUUGCCACCUUGGGACCGAGCAGCAGCCUUGGCCAGAUCAAAGAUUCAGCGAUGCUCAAUGGAAUGGGUCCUGUGAAAGAGAACAGCAGCCUGAACCAAAAGAAAGUUGCUGUGAUGCCCCAGGGGACGGCCCCUCUGGGACAGAGUAGCAGCCACGACCUGAAGAAAUAUCCAGUCUCCCUGGGACUCAGCAGAAACUUUGACCAAAAAGAAGAUACAGUGGUGCCCUAUGGGAAGGUCUCCUUCGGGCACAACAGUAAUCAUAGCAAGGAGGAACGUCCAGAGAAACCCCUGGCAACCCCUCUUAGUGACAGCAAGAACAGUAGUGUGAAGAAAUGCUUAAAGAAACAGCAGGUUCCAUCUCAGAAAGCUAAGCAACCAAAAGGGAAAAAAGCCUCAGAAUUCCAACAGAAGGCUGCCCCAGGCUGUAAUCCAAUGAAUUGGGACUGUCCUUGGUGUAAAUCUAGUAAUUUUUCAUGGCGUGCAUCCUGCUAUAGAUGCAAGAAAAUCUAUGUGCCAAUUAAAAGUGGAGGUGUUGACCCAGGGAAAACUCACUAAUUUCAGAAAGGUGAGUUCCUGUUUUUGAUUCUCAGCCCCAUCAAACUUCUUGUUGCCGAAGAAACUGAACCUGUCCUAUUAGAAGUUCUCCAAAAGCCAAAGAAACAAGACCUUGAUUCUGAUGGACCCACACUUCAGUGAGACCUCAAGGAGUGAAAAUAUUCCAGAAAAGUGAGAGAAGAGAUAUGUUAUCACUCAUUAGGGAGAAAAGGUAGAGCAAGAUAGGUUUUAUUAGAAUUUUAUUUCUCCAUUGGAACAAGAAAUGAACUUGAAAGCAUUGUUGGGGUUGUAGUGUUAAAUUGCAUAGGUGAUAGCAAAUUCAAAUGAAUUUAUUUAAUUCUUUAAAGAUAGCUAGAGUCUACUUUGUGUUAGAAGCUAGACUUAUAUGUUAUUAUUUGGUGCACACAUCAUAAUCAAUUUUAGUGAAUCUGGUUAGAUGAUAGGAGAGAGCAUAAUUUGGGACACAAUUUCAUCAUGGAUGUCUUAUUUGCCUUGCUUGUAAUGUGGCCUUGGGAAAAACCAUUUGAAAUAACACUCAGAUCUAUUUUGGGGUAAAACAAAUUGAAAUUGAAAUAACAUUCAAAUCUAUUUUUGGCGAAACCAGUUGAAAUAACAUCCAGAUCUAUUUUGGCAGAUUCCUUUUUUUUUUUUUUUGAAAAAAAUUAAAAUGACAUCCAGGUCCAUUUUUGCAGUUCUGGGGGCAACUCAGAAGAACUUGCGUGACCAAGCUAUUCAUCCCAUUUGGUCCCAAGUGAGAUAGAUGAGCAGCAGCAGAAAUCAGGAAAAAGACCUCAUGAAUAUGGAAGCAGAACUUUUCUGAUCCUCUGCUGAUUUAUUCCCCUGAGAGGGCCAGCUGUUUUUCUGGUAUUCAGUCAGGCUGCCUAAAAAGACCACUGGUUGCCUUAAAGAAAGACAGUGCUUGGAGGAGUGUUGUCUGCAUACUCUGGCCUUAGCUUGAAGCUAAGCCCCAUCCCUAGUCCCUUUCCAGUCAACAGCAAUCAAGCGCAGACAUUGAAGUUACCAGGCUAUGGAUGGUACUUCUCUUGGGAGGACUGAUUGGCUUAAAAAUAGAACUAGACUGGUUUGAAAAGGAGGAACACUCUUGACAAUGCCCCUGGGCUAUGUCCUCUACAGGCUUUCUGCUCCCCAAGGCCAGCUUCUACAAGGCAAGAGAGAUCCCAGAGGGUGAGGCUUUUAGAUACUUAUUUAGUCUGAACAAAACAUGUCCUGGAGUUUCCCCAAGAAAUUCAGCCUACCUCAAGGAGAUCGACCUUUGCCAGGGAUUUUCUGACUCAAACUAGUAAUAAAGAGUGUGCACUUGCCUACAGUGUCUUACGUGUUAUGUGUGUCUCUGGGCAGUUUUGCUCAGAGGUGGUAGCUUAAAUCCUUUUCCCAUCCCACUGAGAAAGAAGGCUCAUUCUCAGUCACUCCUCAAGGGCUCUUCUCUUCCUUUGAGUUACCCAAGAAUUGGGGGAGUGUACAUGAGAUCUUUAAUUCACCAUAAUUGUCCCUGCUGCUCUCACUCUCCACAUCUGCAUAGUACCUUGAAGGAAGGUGGGCAUGUCUGCUAUUCCAAGAUCGGUGGGGAAUGGGAAUGCUUGCCAAUGCUGAAAUCCCUGAUACCAAUCUCUUUACAUACACCAUGUAGGCAUUCCCUUCUGAGGCCCUUUCUUCUCUCUGGAGUCUUCUCAUGGGGUAUGUAGUGCUUAGGUAUCAUGAGCAAGGAUCUGCUUACUUUGUUUUUGUUCUCUAAGUGAUUCAUUUCUCAGCAUUAUUCUGUCAAUAUGUUCAGGAUUAUAGAAAACCAAAUGCAGGCUGGCAGCAUAAAUGUUCCCUGAGAUAAGGGGUGGCAAAGAUCUGGAUACCUUCUUGAAAUUAGUGUGGUGGGAUGAGGGGGAAUAACAAAAGCAAUCCAUUCAUACCAGAAAUUUCUCUAUUGAUUUUUGAAAGACACACACAAGGGGCCAGCAUUCUAGUACUGCAGGGUAAAGCCGCCGCUUGCAAUGCCUGCACCACAUAUGGGCUCCAGUUGGAGUCCCGGCUGUACCAAUACAACUCCUUUUUAAUGCCCCUGGGAAAACAGCAGAAGAUGGCCCAAGACCUUGGGCCCCUGCACCCACGUGGAAGACCCAGAAGAGGAUCCAGGCUUCUGGCUUUACUCUGGCCCAGUCCUGGCCACUGCAGCCAAUCUCAGUCCAUUGUAGCCAUUUGGGGAGUUAGCCAGCAGGUGGAAGAUUUCUCCCUCUUCCUCUCUUUCUGUAACCCUGCCUUUCAAGUAAGUGAAUAAAAUAAACCUUUAAAACACACACACACACACACACACACACACACACACAUGUUCCAUCUGCUGGUUUACUCCUCAAAUGCCUUUAACAGCCCAGGCUGAGCCAGGCUAAAACUAGGUGCCACGAACUCAAUCUGCACCUCCCACAUGGGUAGAAGGGAUCCAAAUACUUCAACCAUCAUAUGUUGCUUACCAGGGUACAUAUUAGCAAGAAGCUGGAAUUGGGAGUGGGCCAGGACUCAAACUCAGGCACUUUGAUAGGGAAUUCAGUCAUCCCAAGUGGUAUUUAGACCAUUGUACCAAAUGCCCACUUCCCCAAAUACUUUUCUGGAAGACAUGACUAAUAAACAAUAAUGACCUUCAUUACUGGGGACAGGAGUACAGCAAAAGAAGGGAGGUGUCAUGGAGAACAAACACAAAACCAUUUUUGGAGGCAAGGGGAAGAUACUGUAGUAUUUUUUAUGUCAUAAUAGCCUGUGUAUAUUUGUAGGUAUGAGUGUGUGUGGUUAUUUUUUCUUCCUGAAUGUAAAUAUAGUACAAUAGAGGAAGAGUAGAAAUGGUAGUGGAAGAAGAGGGCAAAGAAUUAGGCAUGACGGCAGCUUCUACCAGUGGUGAUGGUUCAAGACGAGCCUGGUAGUGCUGCUUUUGAGCCACUGAUAAAGGUGAUGCUGAUGGAGGAGAAUGGCUAUUUCUCUGAAAAAGGGACUAUAGGGGAAAAUGCUGGGUAGAGCCUUUGAGGACUUAAGAGCAAGAGUAGCAAAAC